AUGGGCUCAGGAAUACUCACGCCAGUAUCAUGGCCUGAGCCGGAGUGGACUCCCGAGCGACAUCAACGCUACCUCUCGCAUAUAACACGGAUCACGGCAUCUGUUGGCAUACCUCUCUCUUGGAUUGAGAAUCCGCAUUGGUUACGUUUCUCAGAGGUCAAACUCUAUCGUUCUCAGGCAAUCGCUGUGACUGUGAAGUCAGCAGCCACAGUGCAAGCUGACGGUUGGACAGGGGUGAAUAAUCAUCACCUAAUUGCGUUCAUGUUGGCUGCAAAUCGAGAGACACACACAGUCAAGGUUUUCGAUGUCUCGAGCGAACGCAAGACUGCCGAAAACUUCUUCAAGUUGAUCGAGUCAGCAUUCGACACGAUACAUCAGGAUUGGCAGGUAGAGAUAGUUGCAUUCACAUCGGAUGCCUCUGGUGAAUCACGCAAGGCUCGCGCUGUCCUUCAUCGCAAGUACCCUAUUCUCAUUGUUCUCGACUGCUAUGCUCACCAGAUCAACCUCGUAGUUGGAGAUUACUUCAAGCUGGGAUCAUCUGUUGUGUUCUUUGUCUGGGCAGAACAUGCCGAUGACCUGAUUGCAUGGCUGCGCAAGCGGACAUACAUUCUGGGGAUUCUUCGUGAUGUACAAAUCUCCCUCGGAAAGACACCUCUAACCGUAAUCCGUGCUGUUAUCACCCGUUGGACCGCACACUAUCUUGCCUACCGUCGCCUUCUCGAGCUACAGCCAACAAUAUCUUGGGUCAUUCAAGAUGAUGAAGCUCGUGGUCAGGAAUCACGCUUUAUUGCCGGCACAAAGCAGGCAGCAAGGACAAAGGGCAAUGAGAUGGUGAAGCUCAUGAAGAACAGUGUUUUCUGGGAGUCAAUCGCAUGCAUCAAGCGUCACCUAGAGCCGCUUGCAAUUGCCGCAAAUAUUGCACAAGCAGCACAUUGCCGCCUUGAUCAAGUACUUGUCAUCUUCGGAUACCUUUACCAUCAGUACAAUAAGCUGGAUCAGACUGAUGAGUCUGAAAAUGCGGUUCGCAAGGCAUUGCAGCAAAGCCUCGAAACGCGCUGGAAGAAGGCCGAUCAAGACAUCUUCAUUGCCGCUGUUAUCCUCAAUCCACUCUACAGGUUGAAGGCUUUUGCACCGCUACCAGCCUUGACCCGUGCUGGAGUCACUAUUCUCAUUGAACGUCUUUGGCAGCGCUUCUAUCCAGGUCAGACAGCCAAUGAUCUACUGCAGGAGCUAAGGGAUUACCUAGAUGACAAGGGGCGCUACUCCGGACUCACCUUGUAUGAACGCCUCAAACGGCAUUUUGGUGCACCUCGACAAAACAAUGUCACAGGUACCGAAGCCAGUACAAGUACAGUGAGUGCUCCGAGUUGUGAGUCGAACAAUGCUGACAAUAGAGAAGCCUGGACAAACAGGUACGAGUUCGAGCGGAUCGUUGGGGACCAUACAAAUGCGGUCGAUCAAGAUGUGGAUGAGGAGCCGAUCACUUUAUCUGGCUGCCUCUCUGUGUCGUUGAGUGAUCUAUUUGACUUCGAGGGUACUCAGUGGGGUGCGAUGAUUGAAACAGAGGCUCAGAGAGGCCUGCAGGAUGAGCUCGAGUUGCAUGAGCUUCUCAACUUCGGUGCAGAGAGUGGUACCGACUUAGAUGCGAGUGCCGAGUCUCUGCUCACAGAAUAA